AUGGCAAACAUCGCAAAAAUUGAAUUCUCGGCUCUUAAUAUCACCGGAGAAAAUUAUAUGCCGUGGACGGCACAUGUUAAGCGACAUCUCAAGUCAAUGGGUGUUUUGGAAACGAUAACGGAGUGGAACGAUUGUAGCGAUCAAGACAAGGAUCCAUACGUUUUGUGGGAAGAUUUAAAAAGGAGAUUUGAUAAUCAAAGGGAAGUUUUACUUCCCACUGCUAGAGAUGAAUGGAACAAUCUCCGGUUCCAAGAUUUUAAAAAGGUGAAUGAAUACACCUCUGCUUUGUUCAGGAUAUGCUCAACGCUCCGAUUUUGUGGGCAAACUGUUACGGAGGAAGAUAUGUUGGAGAAAACUUUCUCCACAUUUCAUGCAUCAAAUAUAAACUUGCAACAACAAUAUCGGUUGCAAAAGUUUCAAAGAUAUUCUGAUCUAAAUUCAUUUCUCCUCGUAGUAGAGAAAAACAAUGAGCUACUAAUGAAAAAUCACCAAGCUCGUCCCACUGGAUCAUUAGCCAUUCCAUAA